CAUCAAGAAACAGAUUUAAAAAAAAGAACUCUUCAACAUAGAUUAUAUAAAGAAGUGAAAACAUGAACUUCAAUUUCAGACAAUUAUUGCCGAUUCUACUACUACACAUUCCAGGGACUUUUAUUUUGGUGGGUGGCGCUGUCUACAUUGUGCGUGAGAGAGAAGUAGAAGUCAGUCUCGCCUUGGACGUUGGAGAAGACGGUCGAGCUGCGCGAGAAGAGUGACACACCAUGAUUGCUGUGUAAGAAGUAGACAUGUUCUCCGCUGAAAAUGUAAAGGACGGCAGAGGCACACAGUCAGUUUAAGUUUUGUGAGUUAAGUGUACAACGACGUGAUCGUGUGAAACUGUAGAUGUAGUUGAAGCAGAAGUUCGGUUGAUUGCGCCAUUGAACGGAGAACGGAGUUAGAGACUGGCCGAGAGCACGAAAAAGAGUUGCUAAAGCCGUGAGUUUAAUUCAAAUCAUUGUUGUUUCUGGUGUAAUACUGAAUUUAAGUUUUUGUAGAAUCAUACUGCGUUUUUGGAGUCAUCUAUGAAUCGUGUCACAGAUCGUGAUACGAUCUGAGUGAUUUUUUUUUCCCUUUUUCUGAUUAUUUUUGGCAUUCAGAAGAGCCAGACAAUUGCAGACGAUCAAAAUUUGCUUUCAAGAAGUGUUUUUCUUGUUUUUAUGGAUCGACCCUAUUCAAGUGGGCCGCCUGCGUGCUGUGACUGAGCCGCGCUGAAGCUUCUCUGGUGUUUUUUGUGCUUAUUACCCUGCCAACCAGACGACAUCUCCUCAUUGUCUUGUCUCAGAUGUUUUGUUUCACUGUUACAAGUCAUCACAAGUUACAAGUCAUCAUAAAUCAUAAGUCAUCACAAGUCAUCGCAAAGUCGACGCAUCAAAGUCAUCAUUGCUACAAUCUGGUACAAAUGUUCUUUACACACACCUAUAUAAACAUUUUACUGAGUUAAAUUGAACUGAACUGAGUUAUUAUCUGAAUUGUGAACCUGAACUGUGAUUUUGAACUAUUUGAUGUGAAUCUGAGUCAAAUGGAAACUGAAUCAUAAAGUUGAUUCAAAAGAGUCAUUUGAACGAAGUUAAGAGUCAUCAGAGUAAUUUGAAGUGGAUCAUUUGAAUUGUACUACAAAAGUCUUUGAUUGAUUCAGAGUUUAAUAACAUCCAGUGUUACUAGUGAGUUAAUUUACGUGUCCAGAUAUUGAAAUUCAUUUUAAAGAAUUUAUAUCUGAGGGGUGUUAUAUAAUGUUUGAAAUUGUUAAGCCUUGAAGACUCAAAGUUUGUAAGACAAAUUCAGAGAAACUGUUAUUUGUUUUAUUUUAUUUCAUUAUUUGAUUUAAUUGUAACAAACCUUUUCAGAAGAAUUCACAGUUUCCUAAAAAAGAGAAAAUAAAUUAUUAAUUGUUAAGUAAUACAGUUGAUAAUUAUUUGUGGAACUUACCUUGGAGUAGGGGCGUCUCACUUACACUAUUUGGUUUGGGGGGGUGGGAACGUGAGCUUAAGUUAUUACUUCACUUUUAUUCUUCAGGAAGCCACAGUGUUGACACUUAACUGCCUGAAGCCCACACUUCUUAUUCCUGCAGUAUAUUAUACAAUAGGUAAGCUAAAACAUAUACACAUUUACUGUGUAUACUGAGACUCAAAGCACCGGGGGUGGGGACUAAGAUCUUGUCACUUCUAGGUCUUCCAGGGUAACGUUGUAGGUCCCCCCUACUAAGCGGGACCUAAGAGCCCGUUACAUUUUGGCAUCACGAACAGGAUACAAACUAGGCAGUCUUAUCUUUUUGUGUGUUACGAGUCCCAGGCCUUACAAGCUGAAAGAUCGCAGAGCUUGAGGAACUGAGGAGAGAGAUGGCGGAGAUACAGAGACGGUUUGCAGAACAGGCGGGAGCACUCGAGCAAGCCAGAACUGAACAGAGUGAAGGCCCGUCACUGGCCAGAACUGUAAUCGAAUGUCAAGCUACUGCGCAUUCGACCCCAUCUGCCAUUUAUAUUCCCAGAGACAGAAAACUACCAGAAUUCAGUGGUCGUUCAGACAAGGCAGGAGAGUUAAGCAUCGAAGAAUGGGUUGCAUCAAUGAAAUCAGCCUUCCAAAUGAUGAAAGUACCUGCAGAAGAUCAUGUAGAGUUGGCAAAACAGCAUCUUAAGGAUGAAGCCAAAGCAACUGUGAGGUUCAUGUUGGGUGGUGGUGAAAAGUCUGCUGACGAUAUCUUUGAAGUCUUACUAGACACAUAUGGAGACAAAGUGCCAGUCGGAACCAGACUGAAAGAUUUCUAUGAACGUAAGCAAAUGCAAGGAGAGACAAUACGCUCAUACGCGUAUGACUUACAAGAGAGACUCAGCCGAGUUCAGCGCAGAGAGCCAAACCGAGUGCCAGAUGCCGAAAGUGUGUUAAAAGAACAACUUGCUCUGGGCCUUCGAGAUGAUUUUCUAAGGCGUGUAAUGAAAAGGCGAAUUAAAGAGGACGCAAAUUUGACUUUUGUUCAGGUAAUGCAAGCUGCAAUCACCUGGUCCGAAGAAGAGGAGACACAAGUGCAAAAUUAUCCAAAACCCAGUACCCGCGUUAGAGUAGUUAAUGCUGAUGCAGAGCAAACUUCCUCUACGCUAACCCUAGAAAAACUGCAUGCAGCUAUACAAAAGAUUGCAGCCCAUCAAGAAGAACUUUACCAGACAGUACAUGGUAAUAGUAGGGUAUGGUUGCAACAGAACCAUCCAAAAAGACAACCCCUGAGGGACAGCGAUGGCCGAUACAUCUGUUAUUCAUGUGGCGAUGUAGUAGACAUUGUACACGAGGUGCUGAAGCAGCUAAGGUGUCUGAUCAGUCUAGACAUUCUGAAAGGAUGGCUGAAACUAACAUAGGAAAUGUUCCAACCUGUACAACACAAGCCAGCUCUGGGCCAUAUAUUAUAAGGAGCCAUGUAGCUGAAUGGACUGAUGAAGUAAUGGAAACGUUGAAAAAUGGUGCAUUUGGAGACUCUCUGAAUAGGGGUGGGGACUAAGAUCCUGUCACUUCUAGGUCUUCCAGGGUAACGUUGUAGUAUUCCCCUACUAAGCGGGACCUAAGAGCCCAUUACACAAACACCUGAAUUAUCUCUUUAACAUGCCGAAAGUGCGCUUGACUACACAACGCAUCAGGAUAUAUGACAGGUUAUAACACUUUUCUCCGUUAUUUCAUCAUUAUUUCAUGAAAGAAUGCUGAUAUGAUCGAAAGAAUAUGUACACAAACAUCUCUUUUAAACAAAAUUUGCUUUACUGCAUGGUUUCAUGUGCCAGUAAUUGCACGAUGUAAAUUGCGCAGGCAAUUUUUGUAAAUGAAGCACAAUCUACAAUGAGCCUACUAGUCAAUUGCGGCAGCAGCAACACUAUUCUCCCGUCGAUGUUCGCCAGAGGACGCCGUCUAAGGCCGUCUUAAUUGUGAGGACCCUUGGAGGGCAGCCAUAUUUUGGAGGAUGCAUCAAGUGCAGCUUUCGUGGCUUUCAAUCACCCACAAUCCCUUAAACAUGUCCCAAUUUAUUAAUAAAAAUUUUGGAAAACAGUCCUUCUGAGUGCUAUACACGACUGUGCACUGUCCUUUUUUUUUUCUCCAUAUCUACCAAUAAAAAUACAUUGUUCAAUAUUUGUUCAUGACACCUAAUUGUGAAUAUUCAGAAAAUAAAAUGCUGUAAAAGUAUUGUUCAUUUUUAGAUGACAAAUGCAAUCUUGCCAUAAAGUUUUACCAAAAAUAUAUUUUGAACAUAUACUUAAGACUAAAUGUUUGUUAAAUAAAUACAGAAGUUAAGAGACAGGGUUACUAGUUAUAAUUUUGAAUUUCUAAUUUAGUUUUAAUAAAUGUAAAUUUUUUUUAUAUGUACAUGAUUUUGUUGUUUUUUUAGGAUCUUAAAUGUAAGUAUAUUUGAUUUUUGUUUUAGUAUUUUAGGACUGGCAGAGUAAAUGUGUUUUCUGCUAACGUUUAAAAAUGGUUAAUGUUACAUUUCUCAGGGCAAUCUGGUGUUGAUGUCAUUAUAGUGGCGAUUUUAUAUUUAAUGAAGGCAGGUUGUAAAGGUUUCGAUUUUUAUAAAAUACUGUAAAAUUAUUUGGUUGGCUUUUAUUUGAGUUAUUUUUAGUUAAAUAGUUUUUUUAUAAAAAGAUAUUUUGGUUUAGUUCAGUUUUUCCCAGUUAAGUUUUUAUUUUUUUUUAUUUUUAUAACAAAAAUAUUUUAAUUUAGUUUUCAUUAGCAUUAAUAACGCUGGUAAAGUUAAGAGAUGCUUCACUGCUCUCAUAGUGACUGUAUGUUUCCUUUAAUAUGAACACACACAUUGGCUUGUAGAAAAAUAUUUGUAAAAUGGUUUGUCACAAUAAUGUUACAUUUUUC